GGAAGCGCGGGGGGGAGGGGCGAGGCUUGGUCCAUUCCGAGCAUGCGCAGUGCACCUCAGUCGGUCCGUCCGUCGGCUGCGGGGCGUGAGGGAGCCGGCGGAGCCCAGAGGAGGGCAAGAGGGAGCUCCGAAGAUGGCGGAGGGGAGCAGCCCCAGCAGCGCCGCCGCCGCCCCCGCUUCGUCGUCCCUGAAGGGGCUGCGGGAGCAGAUGGUUGCUGCAGCCCAAGCAUUAGCAGAUGAAAGAAGAAACCAAAGUGGAAUGAGUGCUAGUCCAGUGCCGUCUGCAAUAACCAUAAAGUCAGCAACUAAACCAGUGAUAGACGGCUCCAUUCUGAAAUCAGAAGAGAGGCAAAGGUUAGCCAGAGAGCGAAGAGAAGAGCGAGAGAAGCUGAAUGCUGUCAAGGAAUUGCAGAUACUUGACAAGGAGAGGAAAGCCAAACUCCAGUAUGAGAAGCAGAUGGAAGAGAAGCAGAGGAGGCUGAGGGAGCAGAAGCUGAAAGAGCAGCAGAGAAGAGCGGCAGUCGAGGAGAAGAGGAAACAGAAGAUUGUGGAGGAGAAGGAGCAUUAUGAAGCAGUGGUGCACCGUACCUUAGAGCGGAGCCAGCGGCUAGACACCAGGCAGAAGAGAUGGUCUUGGGGUGGCUCCGUAACGGAUUCAGACAGCAAGACAGAGCCACCAUCUACAGCUGAAGCUAGCAAGCGUUCCACUUCCACCGCAAACCUCAAGCAAGCAGAAACGGUUAUCAAUAAGCGCCUCUCGUCUUCUGCGGCACUUCUUAAUUCUCCAAGCAAGAGCACCACUAAAAGAAGUGCUUCAUUAAACAGACUGAAUAACAAAGCUCCUGUGAAUUCUGAGCAGCCAGUGCCCAAAGGUGUACAGGUGGAACAGAAAGGAGGAGUGGAAAAGAAGAGGAGCUCGUCCUUGAGCCGAAUGAGCAAUAAACUUCAAUCUUCUGAAUUAGAAAAUGUUCAAAAUGAAGAAAAAACAGCUCGUCGUCCCCAGCUCAUCCCUCUGGAUAGCAACGUGAUCAGCCGCCUGCUGGCCCCCACCCAGGCCUCCCUAGCUAGGAGUAAAAGUGCUGCCUCUCUGUCGGCUGAUGGCAAAGAUCCCUCAGAAUCUCCCCUCUGUCCUCGUUCAGCUUCCAACAGCGCCAUCUCCUCCCCAGUCCAUGUUCCCAAAGUGCCUGUGCGCAGCCGCAGCAUCGACAGGCUGAAGGCCUCCGACCCUUCGGAAAACGUUUCUCUGGAAUCGGCACAGAAAACCGAGGGCGCAAAGUCUGCUGCUGGGAGGCGUGCUCCGUCACCGUCGUUGUCUACUCCCAGGCGAUCCCCCUCACCUGCCAACGUAGGGAAACACCCUUCGUCUCCAGCUGCAAGACAAAAGUCUCAUCCGCCUUCACCAAGUGUCUUAAGGCAGCGGCCCCCGUCGCCUGCUCGAGUCCCCAAGCCAGCACCCAUCCAGCGCCCGUCUCUCACUCCAAAUGUCCUCAGCAUUACCAAAAAGAAAACCGACACGGAGUCCAAACCAAAGGAGAGGGCAGAGGAAGCUGGAGGAAAAGAGCCAGGGCCUUCUUCGCAAACCUCAGAGAGAGAGAAUGCUGCAAAUGCUUCAAAGACCAAAGAAGAUGCUGGUAGCAAAGCUGUUCCGGGGACCACAACAGCCGAGGAAGCUGCGAGAAUCUUGGCAGAGAAACGCCGCCUUGCAAGGGAGCAAAGAGAGCGUGAAGACCAGGAGAGAGUUCAAAGAGAAGAGGAGGAAAGGAUCAGAAAAGAAGAAAUGGCCAAGAAAGCUCUCGAAGAGCAGGCGCAGUUGGAAGCGGCUCUCUGCCAGCUGGAAGAAGAGAGGAGGGCAGAAGAAGAGGAACAGCAGAAAAUGGCCGAGGAGGAGCGAAUUCGGAGGGAGCAGGAAGAACAGGAGAAACUGGCUGAGCUGCUGCUGCAGCGAGAAGAGGCUGAAGCGAAAGCUCAGGAGGAAGCUGAAAGGCAGCGGCAGGAACGCGAGCGGAUUAUGCAGCAAAACAUGCAAGAGAGACUGGAGAGGAAAAAGAGAAUUGAAGAAAUAAUGAAGAGGACUCGGAAGGGAGACCAGAGCGGAGCCAAGAACGAUGACCAGUCAAAUGCGGAGGAUGACGGUGUUGAAGAGGAUGAAGAACUGGGCCUUGAGAAGCAAGAUGAACCUGAAAAGAAAAAUUACAUUGACUGCUCCCUAGAAGGCAGUCCAGUGGUCAUGCACAGUUCGCCUUUGUUGCAAGAUGGAUCAAAGAUGGAACCAGAUGAUGUCUUUAUAAAUGGCGGUGACCAAGAGGAAGUUGAUCAGAGAAAAGAUGGAAAUUCUGUGUGCUUUACUCAGAAUAUAGAAGCCAGCCCUCUGGUGAAAGAAACUAUUAUUAAGAACUCUGAAAUCCUGCAUGUUAAUGAAGCUGAUCACCCAGUUGGAUUUCUAUCUAAUCUGAAUGGGAAAUCUUCCACAUGGAGCUUUGAGGAGUACAUUGAUCUUGGCGUCCAUCCCAAGUCAACCCGGCUAAGUUCAGAGAGCAUCGCUGAUAGAGCCACCCAGAACUUGAAAGACGCUACCACAGUCCCCACCAGUCCCAAGCUGGCUUUUGAGGAGGAGAGCGCCGUGAAUUCCUUAAUCCAACCAAUAGAGACUGCAUCAGAACUGUGAACCUUAGAAACCUGGAAGGCUCCUGACCGCACUUCAGGAAUUCAGGGUUUCGUCAAGUCAUGAAGGCCUUGUUUGAAAAAGCUGCUUGUGAACCGUUGUCCACCUCCCAAGUUUUGUGCAAAAAAACCCAAAACCCGUUCCCGCCUAACUUUGCACCUUGAAACCUUUUCAGGGAGACUCUCUUGCCAUUGUUGCUUUCUCAGAUUUCAUUAGUGGAUCUGUUUAACCAGGUUUCCUUUAAAAAAUAUCCCUUGUUCUCCUUUGGAUGAAAUGUUCACUAAAUUGCCUGCGGGUCCUUAACUUCCUUGUUAACAUGAGAUACAGUGGCUUGUCUUGGAGCCUUCGAAGGAUUGUUGCACACCUAACAGAGCAAGCGAAAUAAAACGCUAUAAUCGAAUGUGUAUUAAAACCAAACCCAUUUUGUCCUGUGUUACUAGUGUUGGUCGUGGACUCGUGCAGUGGGCGGUAGCACUCCAGGGGAGCUGAACUUAAACAGCCAGGAUCGCACUGCCUCCCUCCGUGUCGAGUCACCGUGUUUUGUCAGAUUGUUUCUAAUCAAAAACUUGAUGUAGGUUCGAAAUCGUCUUGAUCAACAAGAGCCCUCUGCAGAUGUUCUACAGAGACCCUGAACAGUCUCUAAAACAGGGUCAGGCGUCCCUGUUAGUGCCCCGCUCACGGUUCGAGUGGUGUUCAUCGGAAGAGGGGAAUGCCAUAUCUGUGAUUGGGGCCACACCUCCCUAUCACAGAAUCCCCUACCAUCGUGGAUACACCAUUCACCUCUUAAGCCGAACUCCGCUCUAACUGUGAGCAGGGUGCUGACAGAGAUGACUGAUGGGGCCAGGGCGGGACUUCUGAUCCUGUUUUAGGCGCUGUAUACAGCAUCUCUGUAUACCAUCUGAAAAGGGCUAAGCACUUGCUCCUUGGGCAGCGAGUUAAAAACUGUCAAGCUGAAAAGGCAGGCUGCCCUCCAGAGUUCCAGCUGGGUGCAGGGCUCGGACAGUUUCUGGAAUCUCUCCCCUCCAGCACUUAUUUUCUAACGCAGUUACAACAUGUGCUGUAUGCCGUAGGGGGUAAAAACGCUGCUGUUUCAGGGUCAGACUGCCUACACGCACAUGCGUGCGCAUGCGCACACACACACACAGAUGUUGCACAGUGUAGAGUCGCAGAAAGAGUGUGUAGGGUGAGCUGCAUGUUUUGGAGGGGGCCGGAGUACCAGCAGACUGAGCCCCUAACCUUAUUUUCCUUAAGUCACGUAUGCCUUCCCAGGGGUGGUGGUCUUCAGUCAUGUGCCAUCCAUCACGGAAUUUUAAUACAGGGGUCCUCCAGCCUAGGUUGCUAGAUGUUUGACUACAACUCCCAUCAUCAUCCCCAGACACAAGCCAUUGUGGCUGGGGAUGAUGGGGACUGUAGUCCAUCAGCGUCUGGGGGCCCACAUUGGAAAACCCAUUUUGGUGUCACUUCACCACCUAACUUGGUGGAGGAAAGGAGAAGCCAAUGGUGGCGCAUGGCCCACCAGACCACUUCAUUGCGCCGUUCCAUUCAUUUUGUCGAGGUUUGUGUGGAUUCUCCUGCAAAGGAAACGGGUGGGAGUGGCCCCAUUGGAUUCCUUCCCAUUGUGUGGCUGCCGUCAGUUGUGUUUUUUUUAAGUACAUGUAUUUAAGUUGCUCUUCACACAUGUAAGUAUUAUUUUUGUGUGUACAUAAAACCAGUAUUAGACCCUUGAAGUUGUGCGUUUAUUUUAUUGUUUGUCCAUGUUGAAUUAUUCUCCAUGUUGUCAUUCUGCUAACGCUGUCCCAUGGCUUGCCUCGGCCCUCAGGGCUGUUCUCUGCAGUAUGCAACCUGUUUAGCCCUCAACCACCUGACUCUGUCCAGAAUGCAGGAAUGAACCCAGUGGCUGCUUCCCCCCCCCCCUUUUUUUUCUUUUGGCAAAUACCUGGGGAAGAGAGCCAUCAUGGGCCAGUGUCUGGAUCGCUAGCUAGAGGUCUCUUUCGAAAAGCUGCUUUCUCCAGAAGUGUGCUUUAACCCUCUACAGCAGGCCUGCUCAGCUUAGCCCCCCCGCCCCCGGCAGUGUUUGAACUACAACUCCCAUACUCCCCAGCCACAGUGGCCAAUAGCCCAGGAUUAUGGGAAUUGUAGGCCAGCAUCUGCAGGAGGACCGAGGCUGAGCAGCCCUCUCUACAGCAAGGGUUCUCGAACCUGGAUCCCCAGAUGGUGUUGGACUUCAGCUCCCAUAAGCACUGCCAAUGGUGUCUGGGGAUUAUGGGAGUUGAAGUCCAACACUUCACUUGGGGACCCAGUCCGAGAACCCCUGCUCUACAGCCAUUUCAGUCCCAUCUAGCAGCCUCCCCUCAACACCAGUGUUCUCACUGGAACCAGUUCAGUUGGAAAGAGGGCCUCUUCACCUCCUUGUCCUCCCCUGCCAGACCUUUUGCUCCUUUCCAAAUCUUGUAGAACUGUUAGAGACUAGAGCAGUGCCUUAGGUUCACCAGACGAAAAAUGUAUUUUUGUACAAUAGCGCUCUCAUGCAGGCAGAGACAAUCAUUCUAACAAGCAGGGCGAUUCUGAUAUCUUUUUUUGUCUUUUCUGUGCAGACUGUUGCCUGUUAGAUGCUUUGUUAAGCUGUAAUGUAAAUAUGUAUGCACUGUUAAAUAAACUUUGCAAUUGAACGGUGA